AUGACUGUUUCUCCAACUCCGAAGUACAAAUCAGAUUUCGAUAGUUUUCCUGGGAAUAGGUACUUCACCUACAAAAAUUAUGAGUACGAUGGGAUGCACUUUUGUCAGCCAUGGGCCUUCGGUGUUCAGGAAGAAGUGCAGCACCUAAGGAGGGAGGUGGAUGAUAUGACUGAAGAGAUUGCUAAGAUUAAGAGGCUUAUUACCUCGACCUCCAGUACAUGA